AUGCGCCAGUAUAAUAAGGAAGACGCCGUAAAACAAGAUGACAUUGAUGUUGACGUCAGCGACGAUGAAGACCCAUUCAACGCACCUGCUAUGGAGCUGGUUCAAGACAGCGAGGAGAACGAAGACGAAAUCGACGGGAAUGGUGACGACAGCGCCGAUGAAGACGUCAGCGACGACAGCGAGUCUGAUAAGGAGAUGGACGUCCGGGAGAAUACUAAGAACACCGAAGAAGUGGAUGUUGGUGAUAAUGAAACGUCAUCAGCUAUCCCGAGGGUGAAGAAUGUGGUCGUGGCGGACGUGCACGCUCCCGACGUGCGUUCACCAGUCCCAGUCGAGGAAAAGCGAGCUAAGUUGGACAAUGGCAGAAGUUUCAUCCGGACAAACGGUGCUACACCUGGUCAAGAGGCCAGUGGGCUAGUCGGCUUGAUAGAUUCUACCUUCCUAAUGCUGUUCAGAGUUAUGUAA